AUGAGGCCGUCGCGAUUGCUCUUAGUCCUCGCGAUUCUCCUUGUUAUCGAGAACGACGGAGUUGUUGGUCAGAGUAAUGACACUGUGUGGAAGGGUUUCUCGGUUACGUGCAACAAUGAUGAUAAGGGGGAGGUGACGAACGUGUCAGUGUCCUGUCACGGGAUCAGGCUUGUCAGAAAGAUUGUACAGAAGCUGUUGGAAGAGGCCAAGAGGAAGAGGAGCCUGGAGAUCGUGGAUGGAGUCAGUUUGGUGCAGAAGGACGAAGAGGAGGGUUUCAACAGAGGUGCGAGAGUUUUAAAGGAGUCUGGCCAGACUUCGACAGUGAUGAGCUUUCUGGAGAACAGAGAGCUCAGGAUCAAGUUGCCAAGUUUCUUACCCGCAAAUCUGGAAGAUGCCAUUGAGGGAAGCUUACCCUCUGCUGAGCAAGCCAAAGGUCGUGGUGGUGGAGGCGGCGGUGGCGGCGGCGGAUUCGGCGGAGGCAAAGGGGGUAACGGAAUGAUGAUGAUGGCUCUGAUGAUGGGCAAAACUAUGGCAGCAAUGGGUUUCGGUGCCCUGGCCCUUCUGGCUAUGAAAGCUCUGAUGGUUUCGUCACUUGCUCUGAUGCUCUCUUUGAUUGUAGCGGCGAAAAAAUUAGCGAGUAGCAAGGAGGACGAUAGCCACCACGUCGUGUACGCGCAGGAGGUCAGCUCGCAUCACCGGCGACGCAGGAGCCUUGGAAGCAAGCACGACCACCUCAAGAAUCAGCCAUACCGAGGAUACAUAAACUUACCGACCGAGAUGUAG